GGGAACUAUGGCUUUCGAAUCCGGGUCAUCUUUUUUCCUUUUUCUUAGCUCCAGUUUCAUAUGUUGUCGAAUCACGUUAGUCAACCUCAAAAUUUUAUGAAACUAAGGCGUGAAUGUUGUUGUUGUUUUAUUAUAAAAACAAGUAAUUUAUAUCAUAUUGUACAUGGAUCUCAGAUUGCUUUAUCUCUUUUUAGCCAUAUCCAAUCUUUCCAUCUCUACCUCCAUUUCUGUCAUUUGUUUUUAGCAGCUAGAGAGAGAUGGCGGAGGAAGCUCAGAACGGCGGUGCGAAGAACGGAGCCGCUAAGGCUGUCACCUUCUCCGCUCUCAAGCAGCAUCUAUUCGUGGAAGGUUCCAAGGCAAGAGACGCCGUGCAGUUCUACAAGACCGCAUUUGGUGUCGAGGAGGUCAGUCGUGUGAUGAAGACGAAGAGGAGGGCUGAGCAGGAAGUUCCUCCCAUUCUCUACGCCGAGCUGAAGCUCAGUUCUACUGUUUUCCUCGUUUCUGACCUAACCGAGGACGUGGAAACUGCGGUUACUAAUGCUGUUUCUGCCGGAGCUGUUGCUGAAACGGAAAUCUCUGAGGGUGAGGCUUGCUGCUGCGUGGUCGCGUUGGCACGGUGACGGACCCGUAUGGCAACCUUUGGUUCAUCUGCUCCCCGGCUAAGAAGUCCGAAGAGACAGUUGAGGCUUGAAAGCCAUCAGAUCUUAUCUAACCACUAGUACUGCAUUACUAUUUCAUCUAUUUGGGUCAAGGGUGAGGUUCACGUUGAAGGAUGUAAUUGACUUGAGGAAGAACAAAUGGCAGCAGCGAAGAAAGGUAAAAGGCAUGCACAAGCUAGUAGAAUGUCUCGAGCUCCUAGCAUGGGCUCUUCUGUGAGAAGGAAUUCACUUCCAGGCUUCCAGCAGAGGUGGUUAAGGGAUGUUGCCUUCUCAAAGCUUGUCCCAAAUGGGUGGUGGUCUUCGACCUAUGUCCUCACAGAUGCAGGAUUUUGGUGGUCAGGAUGUUAGGAUGGAGGACAGACAUCAUUCCUUUGAUAACAGACCUAAUCUGUUCCUCUAUUGUAUCAAUUUGUAUUACAUAUAUACCUUCAC